CUAUAUCCAUACCUUAAUACCUAUCCAUCUAUAACAAAACAAUCACAGUGUUGUUCACUAGUACUAGUUCCCACUUCUUCCUUGAUUACAUACACUGAAAUGCUUCUUCUACAGGGCAAUCCUCCCAGCAACAAGUGCUUGCUAACUUGGUCAUCAACUUUUGUGCCUAGAAAUGUGUGCCCAAGUGUUCAUUUUGAGGUGAAUGAGAAGAAGAAGAAGAAAAGGGGUUCAAGAAUCAUAGAAAGUUCCUUGCUUGAGACCACCCCAGUGGUCUUAUGGGCUGGAAGGGUUUGUAUUCAUUAUGCCCUUUUGAAAGCUGGCCUUGCUGGAUCUCCUGCUAGCCCCCUUGUCUCUCAAGAUACAGGAAUAGGAGGUGGUGCUGCUGAUUUGGGUUUCGCGAAGUGGUUCGAGGAGUUACAAGGCAAACCAGAUAAGGAAGCAGCUAGUAGAAGAAAAUUAGUGAGCAAAUGGCAUCCCACAACUAAGGGUACACUAAAACGGAGUUACAGGAUACCUUCCAAAUCUGAAGGGCGACGCCUUCUUAGAGCCAUUGCUUCUGUACUAUCUGAUGAUGAUCAAUUCAGAGAUGCCACUUCACACAAGGGUUGCCAGAUCAGGAGGGAGACUGCUCACGGGGAGACAGUUUGCUGUAAUAAUGUCAGGGCAUUGUUUGACGAACUCCCUACUCCGCACUUGACUGUUGAAAUCACACCAUUUCCAGCUGGUCCUCUUACAGAGAAGGAUUACAGCAAGGCUGAGAAGUUAGAAAAGGUUCUCAGGUCUGGCCCUUCAGUUUGAUCUGUUGUCUCCGUAUUUUGAUAUAAACCAAAUCGAUCAGCUGUACAUAUUAGUGUCAUGAAUAAUAAUUUGUAGUUGGCAUACUCAUAACCAUCCCAGACAAUCUGAUCUGUUCACUUUUGACACGUGUGCACUAAUUUCUCUAUUGUGAAAGCCGUACUUCAUUGUUUAUUGGAGUAUGGAGAAGUCGUGUAAGCAUGUAAUCUUAAACUCAAGUGUUGUAUUAAUGCAUAAAUUUUAAAAAUUUGUAA